UCAUGGGGCCCCUGGGCAAUAGGGGAUCAUGGGGCCCCUGUGUCCUUGCCCAAACUCAAAAAAGCCUAUGAAAAAGGUACCAGGGGCAUCUCAUGGGGCCCCCUACUGACCCCGGGCCCUCGGGCACUGCCCGAGUUUCCAAAUGGUCAGUCCGCCCUUGUCCGCCCCUAUACAGGACAGAGUAAAAAGACUCACAAGUGGCUCAAAGUGGCCCUCCUACAUGUAACAGUUACAGUCAAGGUGUGCAUUGACAUGGGCCCAGAGGGUUUACUGGAGUCCUGUUUAUUCGCUCAGUGUACAUAGUGUUCGGUCAUUUCAAAGUUUGAGGACUUAAGGUUGAAUAUCCCU